ACAACGUUGUCAAGCCGAAGUGACAAAGGUGUACGAUUCGACACGAUUCCAGUUUCUAGAGGUGGAUGGUGGGGCGCUUCAAUUAAUUAUUUUGGUUGUUUUGGCAUAUAAGUCGCUAGGGGGAUAAAAAAAGAAAAAUCAUACCCUUUAAUUUCUUUUUCGCUUUAGAAAAAAACUAAUUGCUAGAGACUUCACCAGCUACAUAGUUAAAGAGUAAAGAGAAAUGUCGUCCCGUGAAGUCCGGCGCCACAACCAGACAGUACUUGAGAGUUUGGAACCAGGCGAUCUGGUGCAAAUCCGUUGCAGAUGUUACUGGCACUGGGCAGUAUACGUUGGUGACAAUCAAGUCGUGCACUUGUCUGUAGUCGACGGCCCAAUGGGAAGUAACAUUGAACUCUCAUGCAGUAUAUGUGGACAGGAGUUUAACAAAGGGAUUGUUCGCAAAGAUGGAUUUUGGGAAGUGGUUGGGGACGGCAAAGCGUAUAAGAACAACUCAAAAGACAAAACAAUGAGACCCUUGGAACCAUCUGAGAUAGUAGAAAGGGCAAAAUCCAAAAUUGGAGAGGUUGGGUACAACGUGAUCUUUAAGAACUGUGAACACUUUGCCACAGGGUGCCGGUACGACAAAAAAAAAGUGAUCAGGCUGAUCGUCUGCUUGGUGGCGGCCUAGCUGUCACGUUGACCACAGUGUGGAAGGGGUUGUUUGCAGCAAUUGGUUUCCGGGCUUUGAAGUCGUAAAAAGAAGGACAAAGAGAAAGAAUCAGAGCACUGAUAUGUCUAAUGUACACCGUGGCGAUCUUAUGAGUGAAACAGGAUAUAUUGACAAAACUGUAGAUUCCUGUGGCGAGAGCUCACAAGUGGGUAGCGACGUACACGUGAACUGGGCUUGAAACAAGAACGAUAACUCUUAUUCUACCCGCAUCUUAUAGUCCUAACAUGUAGGCGCUUCAGCAGCUUCGAAAUGUUUACAAAAACUUCGUGUGACGAGUGUAAUAUUCAAACGCAUUAUCACUGAAUAGUGUUGAGUGCGGCGUCAAACAACAGGGAAACUUUAAUUUAAAAUUCGUUGAAAUGCAUUGCGUUUAGAAAACAAAGGAUCACUUACAAUAUUUACAACUAAUGUAAGAAAUGUAACCCUAGUGUUAGCCAUAGUAUUUUACCUCGCUUCAAGUGAAGAGACUUGGUCGUAGUUUAUUGCACAAUGGUCAUUUGCAUAUACGAGAAACUAUGUCAGAUAAAGGUUAUAGUAAUUUCUGAAACCAAUAUUGUUACAUUAAAUAUCUGGCUUGCUUGUUUAUGAUGAUCACAAUGAUGACAAACUUAUCACAGUUCGAACCAUCGAUAGAUGUUGGUUUUUGUACGGACUGUUCGGGGCAUAUGAGUAUGUUAUUUACUUCUUAUCGACCUUAGUACUGUGUUCAGUAUACAUUCCAUUUCAUGGCCGUAGUGCCGCAGUUUCCACGUGACGUCAUAUAUUCUCUGAUGAUUUAAUUUCAACACAUAUUCAUUUUUUCAACCGUUUCUGGUGUCCCCCGCCGUGAUAUUGCUGGAAUAUUGCUAAAAGCGGCGUAAAACCAUACUCACUCACUCAUUUCUUCAAGGCCAAUCUAUUUUUUAAAAGGUACACUCGCAGCCAACUCAAAGUUGGCCAAUGGAAAUUAUAAUGAUAAUAACGAGUAUGUCUCUUACGAUAUACUUUUGAACCACACAUCGAUCUCAUUGAAAGUCAUUUUAAUUGAUACCAUACUCACUGCUUGAAGAUCUGUCACACCUCCAUAGUGUGUCGCGUCAAUGACUGAGUGAACCAUAUUUCUUAACCACUUGCUUCUGAAAUUUCGAUUUUACCAAUACAAAUCACAUACAGGACACGAACGUUUCUUCUAUUGAACUCCUGUCUAGGUGUAGAGGGCAUGGCGCUCAGGGAAAAGUACAUGAAAUAUCCACGUGCACAACAAUGUGAAGGUGAUAGCUGUCACAUAUGUUAAUAAUAUCACUGUAUUUUUCUGAAACUUAAGUGGGCUUGUCGUUUGCGUAUAUAUAUAUAUAUAUAUAUAUAUAAACUUAUACUUAUAAACCAUUGGAUCUCUAUUUUUAUUCCUUGUAUGAAUGUAUGUAAUAAAUAGGUUUGCAGUUUGUAUGCGUUAUAUGUGUUCAUGUACUACAAAACCAGUCAUUUUGAGGAGAGAUCAUUAGGUCCUCAUGACGACAUUAUCUAUUUUACGCAACGGAAAGACAGAGUGUACAAGCAGAGUUAAUAUGGAGGAGGCGACCACCUCUCACAACAAAUUACAAGUUAUGUAAAUGAAUGACAAGAAGACGGGGCAGUGUGUAAGAAUCAGUAUAUAUUUCGGCCAAUGCAUUGCAGUACACACCCGUGAAGAUC